AACAAGUCAAGUUGAUGUAGCGAUAACAGUUUUUCUCGAUUCGCAAAUAAAAUGCUGGUAAAUAUCUCAUGCCUCAUAUAAAAACGUAUACCGAGCUCCUCUGUCAUUAACGUUUGGAGCGUAAAGGGUUCUUGAUACGAUCUCCAAAAUGAUUCUUUUGACCGUAACACUCGGCCUCCUCAUAACGGGAGGAUAUGCCUCGCUGCUGUGUCCCACCGAUUUCGACCCGUCAGUGACCGUACACAUUCCGCAUCCUACCAGUUGUUCAAAGUUCUUAACCUGCGUGGGUUCACAACCGGUCGAGCAGGAUUGCCCCGCGGGAUUAGAGUGGAACGAGUCGGCAACGUUGUGCGAUUAUCGGCGUGCAGCAAAAUGUACCCGCCCUCCAAAUUCAAAGCAACAUUUCAACGCCAGCCUGCUUUCCAGGAGCCAGUGUAUGUCGGAAUCGAAUAGCUGUCCGGUGGCAACGAGUCCCGACGAUCAGGUUGUAUUUAUGAAGCAUCACAACUGCAGAAAAUUCUAUGCUUGCGUUGCGACGCAUCCUGUAGAGCUGUCCUGUCCACACAAUCUUUACUGGAACUCUCAGGAGUGUGUCUGUGAUUACAAUGUGGAGCCAGAUUGUGAUAAAGAUGGAUUUAGACCGGAGCCGGAGGUUGAAGUAGCACCGGCUGAAAGCGGAAAUCAUCCGGAAUCGGACAAUGAGGAGCAACAUCUAAACGAGUCGGAUAUUAGUGAACAUGUAGUGAGAGUGCGUCGCGAGGUCGAAGCGAGUUCUACUGAGAAAGUAGAAAGCUCCGCAAACUCGAGUAACUCUAGUGAUUCUAGUAGCUCCGGUCACUCUGCAACCUCUGGACAUUCCGAAAGCUCGGGAGGUUCCGACACUUCGGGCAGCUCAGGAAGCUCUGGAAAUUCUGCACAUCCAAAUUCUACAAACUCUGAAAGUGCUGCGAACUCUGCAAAUUCUGCACACUCAGAAAGCGCUGCGAAUUCUACAAACUCCGGAGGUAGUGGAAACUCAGAAAGUUCUCAUGGAUCUGGCAGUUCCGGAAGUUCAAGUACUCCUGGACAAUCUGGCACCUCGGAGAACUCUGGAAGUUCUGGAAAUUCAGGACAAUCUGGCAGCUCUGCAAAUUCGGAACACGGCAAACCAAAACCAAUUGAAUCUGGGGGAUCUAUCCAAACCAUUUCGUCUGUGGUUGUCCUCGUAGUAACGAUAACUAUGAGCGUUUUGUAAUCUUACACAGUUUUGCACUUGCAGUAUUUCAUCAAUUUUUGGUGAAGGAAUGAAAAAUUAAUAAAGCUGAAUGACGUAUUCAUUAAA